AUGCUCUUCAACGCCUUCACCACCACUGCCAUCGCAGUCUGCUCUCUUCUCGCCGUUCCUGCUCUGGCCAACCCCAUUGACACCCUUCCCGCAGGUCUUGACUCCCACCUCGAGAGCCGAGCCAACGACAUCACGGUCAAGUUCUGGACCACCACCACAUGCAGAACCUCACGCUCCAGGAAGGGCUACAACAGUGGAUAUUGCAUCAAAGACCUGGCCUCGAAGGACCAUGCUGUUAGCAUGCAGGAGAGAAAGAGGACCAGCUGCCACAUGAUCAGAUACAGGGAGGGAAACUGCCAGGGCUAUUCCGAGAAGGGCCUUAAUCUCAAUGAUUGCUUCAACAUUGGAGAUGAUUGGAAGUCUAUGAAGUUCCAGUGUUAG